AAGGUAUUAACUCCACUACGCUUCUCUCUCUACAAUUACUCCUUAAGAGCUUCUCUCUCUAGAAUAUUGAGUAUUGCUAACUUGAGCAUCAGAGAGUUCCCCAAGGAAACAUUCUUGGCAUUUUCAGGGAACCGCCCCCCAAGAGGUAGCAUGGAUGACCAAGAUAAUACUCAACCUUUGGAAAGUGACCUGAAUGACUUCCGGCCAAUGCCGAGAAACCUUUUCAUUGGCAAAGUAGAACAAGAACAAUCAAAUAGCUUGGGUGAUGAACGAACACCUAUUGGGUAUGCAACCCAACCCAAAGAACAGUUUCACAUCCCAGCGGAAACUAAGCGAAGGCAUUCUAGGCAAAAUGCUUCACUACCUGAGAGACCCAUGGAAUUUGCUCGAACAACCGAGUUAGAAGAAAAAACUAGAGUUCUAGAAAUGGCCACGGGAACAAUUCUCUCUCGUCUGAUCCCUGAUGUCCCAUUAAUUCCUUUGCUGAAUAGGGGUGAGCAGCCAGUAGUAGUAGUUGCAACUUGCAACUCCCCGGCCUUGAGUAAUGUGGUGGUUCCAACCAAGCCAAGGGGAAGUGGAAGAUUAAAUCUAGAGCCCGGCUUGUCCAAGCACAAUGAUGAAUUAAUGAAGAAAAACGCAGAACUCGAGAAGCAGCUUAAGGAUAUGCAAAGUGCUCCUCUCAACAUGUCCAUUACAGCAAAACCAUAUCAGGAGGGAUUUAAGAUUCCCCAUUUAGAAACAUAUGAUGGUUUUGAUGACCCAGACGAACACUUGCACGCCUAUCAAGCCAUCAUGAAAAUUCAGAACAUUACUGAUGCAAUGAUGUGCAAGGUGUUCCCUGCAACGUUGAAAUCCAUUGCUAGAAGAUGGGAGAUAAAACGAACUGCUAUUGAGUUGAUGCAAGUACACCAGAGGGAAGGAGACUCUUUGAGAGACUAUAUGCAAUGGUUCAACAAGGCCACCCUGGACAUUGAUAAUGUCCCUGAUACCAUCUGUUUAUCUACGCUACUGCACGACCCCAAACCUAGUUGGUUCCUAAACGACUUAUUGGAAAAUCCACUAAAGUCGUGGAAUGAAGUAAAUGACAGGCCACUUAAACGACCAUUUGAGGAAACAGAAUGGGAAAAUAUGCCUAUUACCUUUAGUCCUGCAGAUUACAAACGACUAGAGGGAAAACCCAACGUCAUGAUGCCCCAUACUGACCCCUUCGUGGCAACAAUCCACAUCGGUAAUCACAAUGUCAAUAAGGUCUUCAUAGAUACAAGCAGCUCUCUAGACAUUCUAUAUUGGAGGUACUUUCAAAAGAUGCAGUUAAACGCAGCUUCCUUGAAGAAAUAUGAAAGGCUAAUCUAUGGAUUUAACAAUCAGCCCAUCCCUGUUGAGGGAGUAAUCACACUUCCCAUCUACGUGGGUGCUGAACCACGGUUUAGAAUGGCAUCAGUGAACUUUAUGAAGGCUGAGCCAGUAGAGCUAGUAGAAACAAUUCCAUUAAAUCCGAAUGAAUUAGAAAAAAUGGUGAAAAUUGGAACUAAGCUUAUAGAGGAAGAGAGGAUGGAGCUCUUGGAGUUUUUGAAGGCCAACCAAGAUGUUUUCGCAUGGACAACAGACGAAAUGUUUAGAAUUCCGACAAAGUUGGCAGUCCACAAGCUCAGUACAAACCCCACCAAGAAGCCAGUGGUUCAAAAAUGCCGCCUUUUUGGCCUUGAGAAGCAAGCCACUAUAGAUGCAAAGAUACAAAAGCUAUUACAGAUGAAGUUAAACCCGUUGAAAUGUACAUUUGCUGUAGAAUCGGACAAAUUCCUAGGGUAUGUGGUAUCCAAGAAAAGGAUUGAGGUGAACCUAGACAAUGUUGAGGCUAUGCAGCAGAUGAAACCCCCUAAAACAGUAAAAGAUGUGCAACAUCUAACAAGUCGUCUCGCUGCCCUGCAUAGAUUCAUUGCCAGGUUGCCAAAAAAAAUGCCUUCUGUUCUUCAAAGCUUUGCGAUAGCUCAAGAACUUCCAAUGGACUGAUGAAUGCCAGUAGGCUUUCAAUGAACUCAAACAAUACCUGGCAUAACCACCCUUGCUCUCCAAGCCUGUCGAAGGAGAAAAGUUGUACUUGUAUCUGGGGAUCACAGAUGAGGCAGUUAGCUCAGCUCUGUUAAGAGAGUAAGAUAAAUGUUAGAAACCCAUUUGUUAUACAAGUAAAGUCUUAUAGGAUAC